AUGGGGACCGUGACGGCGGCGGAAACCGCGGACGGGGGUGGUUUGGUGGAAGCGCUCAGGCCUCUCGUGGACGCAGCUUCUCCACUACGUCUCCACCUGAAGAUACCCGGGGUAGGACCUGGGCCGAGUUCCAGGCUCGAGGCCGCGAAUCGAGUAUCCCGAGUUGGGGCGGAUCUGGCCCCGACACCCCUGGUGAACAUCGUGGGCGCGGCCGCGGCGGUUUUGAACGUGGACGUGGCAACUGGGAUGGCGGCCGCGGUGGCUGGGAUGGCGGUCGCGGCCGUGGAGAUCGUGGCCGUGGUACUGGAGAACGUAUUCGCGGGGACUGGGGUCGUGGUCGUGGUCGUGGUCGUGGUCAUUUCGAGCGCGGUCGCGGUCGGGGAGAAGGCGGAGGCCCCCGUCCAGGAGGAGCUGCCCCCACCGCGGGAGAUUAUGGCGGGCGUGCUCGUACCUGCGCUUCAGCAGCUGACGCCACCCGCUGUCGGGCUCUCGGACAAACCGAUUUCAUUGGCGGGAUUCAAGUGUAUCGGAUCGUACACUUGGCUCCAGGGCCGGGAUCCCGUCAUAGUCGUCCCAGGUGCUCCGCGGCAGUGGCAGGACCGCCCUCUUCCCAUCCAGGUUCGCUUCGACAGAGGCAUCCGCAUGCUCGACGAAAACGCGUACCAUAUGGGCUCUGCGUCAUCUCUUGUCCCUCUCUUCCGCGCCGUCGACGCCUUCGACAAAGCUGAUGAUGAGCAAGGCGCCGGAAUCAUGGAUGCACUCGCGCAGGUCGAGGAAGGCCCCGAAGCUGUCGACUGGCGCGAUGUCGACUUUGUCACUGACCGCAACAACCUCCGCAAAUUUGCUCGAUGGAUCCGCACUUCCCGCCUGAAUCAAACCUCCCCUUCGCCGGCCGUUGACAGUGGCAGUCUCAUCGUCGAGCCUGAAGGGAAAGAUGAAGCUGGCCAGACGACGACUCCUGACCACACGAGCCCCGCACCCACGAGCACGACGUUGCCCGAUGUCGAAUGGGACACCCGACAGGAUUUCCGAAUCGACUUGCGCCUUGGCGGCGAGAAGACCGUCCUCAUGGAACGCUGGGCGAUUUGCGCCCGCGAGCACGUCGCGCCCCCCAAGGGCGGCUGUCGCGACAACUUCGUUCGCGAGGCCACCGCGAACGCUCCCGAGUGCGAGAACGGCGGCGGCCACUACCGCAUCGUGCAGUAUGACCUCGACGGGCUGAAUAUGGUCGUUCGCUGGGAGGUCGACACCCGUGCCCCCAACUUCUCUGCCAAUUCUUCGUCUCCGAACACAUCCUCCGAAUCUGGCACUGGGCAGCUUCCUAGUGUUCCCCCAACACCGGUCGAUAUCGAAGAGCUCGCACGCUGGGAUGACACUCCUACUAGCGGUGCGGCCGCGUGGGGCGCACCUGAACCUGCAGGUUCUGCUUUUGUUGACAUCGAUGAACUAGCGAAGUGGGACGACAACACCGUUGACCAGGCCGCCACUUGGGGAGCGGCUCCUGUCCCUACCAAUGCUACAUCUGCUACAUCUCCGAUCGGGCAAGACUCUCCCAACAACAACGAUAAAAACAACGAUUUCGACGCUUUCGCGAUCUGGGAGACUCCGGAGGACGACCCAGCCGCAGCCGCAGCCGCCUGGGGUGCCCCUCCGCCACAGCCCUCCAAAUCGGCCGCCUCCGCGUGGGGUCCCCCGCCCAGCGAGGGCGGGGCUGCCCAUGGUGCGCCUACUUCUACUGGCGGUAUAACCAAGCCCGGACCGCCCCAGGAGCUCAAGGUUAUCCGCGCGGGCAGACUUCUCCCGCAGAGCGCCGUCGCCGAGCUCGCGACGCGCUCCGCGCAAUAUGUCGACCGCACUAGCAACGAGGACACGUUCCUCCAGAUGUUCCUCACACAGACCCCGCUCAACCUCGUUGCGGUGCAUACGCGUGGAUCUUUCGAUCGCGUCAUCCGCCAAGAGCUGGACGCGCCGGAGUUCGCGAAAUUCAACGAAGACGCGGACAUGAUGCACACCGUGCAGCAGCUUGUCGCGUUGCUGCGCCAGGUCCAGGAGCUGGUGAAGGAGUAUGGCAAGGGCGCGAAGCUAAGCUUGGUGUGCGAGAAGGGGAAUCUUGCGCUGUACAGUCGUGGUGAGGAGGAGGAGGACUGUCUGGUCGCAAGCGAGCUUACUCGGUUCGAAGGAUAA